AUGGAGAUGGAUUCGGCGGCGGAGGAAUGGCGGCGGAAGGAGCGGGAGGCGGCGAGGCGCACCGAGAAGAUGGAGGUGGAGAAGGAAACCAGUGGGGAGGGUAAGGUCUGGAGGGGAGGCGCGGAAGCGGAGGAGGAGGUGGCGGACGGGGGCGGGGGAGACGUGUACAAGUGGGAGGAGGGCGGAGCGAUCGAUCGGAACUGGAGGAUGCAGAUGCAGGGGCACCAGAGGCAGCCGUUCGAGGCGGGGCACCGCCCGUUCUGGAGGCCGAGAGGCGGAGGCUGGAGCGGGAGGGGAGGCGGGAGAGGAGGGUUUCAGUUUCAGCGCCACCCUUGGAAUCAGCGGCACCAAAAAUCAGACAUCUCUAACAAUCCUGGAGUAUAUGGUGGUGCAGUUAUCAUCUGCAAUCAUGAGAUUAAGCGGCAAUUCUUCGAACAGAAACAUUUUGCCCUACCUGGUUAUGCUGCAACUUUUAUAAAGAAGAUCAGAGCUGGUAUGCUUCUCUUUCUGUUUGAGCAUGAGGAGAGAAAACUCUAUGGAGUGUUUGAGGCAACUUCAGAUGGAGCACUGAACAUUCUUCCUGAUGCAUGUGCUUCAUUGUGCAAGCUUCGACCAGCUCAGGUUCUUUUCAGAAGAGUUUGGUUUUGUAAGCCCCUAACUGAAGCUGAAUUUUCUGAUGCCAUUAAAGGACAUUGUCUCCAGCCUCAAAGGUCCUUCUUUGGUAUAUCAUACCAACAGGUUCUGAAUCUUGUGGACUUAUUUUCUUCAAGAAUGAUCAGGCUUCAACCCUACCAAAAACCAAAAUCAAAAGUUUUAUGGGACUACAAAAUCUCUCUGGCUCGUACUGGUCGAGAAUUCAGGUUAUACACUCAUAGCAAUGGUUUUAGUCGUCCGCCUUCUAUGUUCUGCAACAACAGAAUCUCUUUACCACACAUUCCAUUCAUGCAUGCCAAACACAAUGGCCAGCAUCCUGCUCACAAACAUGAGUCCCCUCUACACCCUUGCCCUAAGCCUGUGGUCUUCAAGUCACCAGAUAUCAUAGAAAAAAACAAGCCAGACGAUGCUGAUUAUAUACCGCUUGAGCUAGAUGAUUGCAACUCUGAUAGUGAUGGAAAUCAGUCAGCUUUGAUGGGGACUGUAAGCUUCCAUUCAACAAUGGAGAAUAACAUCAGCUGUGAAGAUCAAGUUCCCAAACCAUUUAAUGGAAAACACACUGAGGACGAUAGGUGUUGUUCACCUGUGCUGAACCAAAGGUUCGUUUCUGAAAGUGAAACUGGUCAGAACAAUGUAACUCUGCACAUUAUGAAAGGGAGCGAAUCAGAGUUGCAGGCCAAGGGGUGCAAACAAAAGGGAAUCAUUCAACUUGAACUCUCAGAUGUCUUACCCCCAACGAGAGCUUGCAGUUUGGCAAAAAAGGUAUCAUUUAGCUUUGGUGGCAAUGGGAUUUCUGUUACUUCUGAUAAAUCAUCAUGCAUCCCUACACUUGCUGGAAUACAACAGAACAGAGAAGCAGUUUUGAAAGAAAGGAAGGAACACAUUGGCUUUUCGGCCCGAGAUAUUCAGAGUGAGAGAGAUGCUUCAGCAAAGAGGAAUAUGGAUAAAAUGAUCCAUGGCGAGCUUGUUACGCUCAGAUGUGAAGGCUUUGUCCUUCAGAUGUUCAUGAAUUCAGAGGAUUUUGGAAUGGUGAAGGCACAGAGUAAAGAGUGUGCAACCUUUGGUGGUGCAGUUUUUCUGUGCAACCAUCUGACGAGGAAGGAGUGCUUUGACAAGAAAAUUUUUGGCCUCCCUCGUUUCUGUGCUGAUUUUGUAGAGAAAGUUAAAGCUGGCACAACUUUAUUCUUAUAUGAUGUUGAUCAGUGCAAGCUUCAUGGUGUUUUUGAAGCAACUUCAGAUGGGGCUGUGAACAUUAUUCCUGAUGCAUAUGUCACAUCAGGAAAGGGGUUGCAGCUUCCUCAGAAUCCAAGAUUACAAGAUGAUCUCCCCGGGGACCUUGAGACUUCUUCUCUGGCUAAAGUAACUGAUGUGCAGUCCAGCCCAAACAGCAGUUCAUGUGGUUCAUUCAGAAGCACCUGUCAAACAUGUUCCUCCACCACUCUUUUUGAACGGGAUUCCUCCAUCACUCUUGGGGAGCAUACAGCAUCGCCGGGUGAAAAAUUAAUUGAUCCCGUGGCAUUAGUGCACAGAGGUAUACAAUCAGACAUCUCUGAUGUGGCUAAGUCUAAGAGCUCAAAAUCUCCCCUGCAAUCUGGAGCAGAUAUGGCCACUGUCACCGUACCUGGCAACCAAGAAGCAAUGCAUGACCAAUCUACUGAUGACUAUAUACCUCUUCCCCAGGAGGAAGAUACUUUUGAAGGUGUUGAUGAUCUAUUUGCGUUGCUAAAAGAUGAGAGCCACUCUUCUGAAUCUAAGGGUAGCAGUGACUCUGAAAACCAUACUACUUUCCACCAAGUUUUUAUUAGGAAGGAAGAUGAAUGGUAUCCACCCAUCUUAGAUUCCAAACUCCGUGCUGACAGUGAAGGGCGAACAAAAAGAAAAAGGUUCAAGACCAAAGCAUUUCCACCAAGGAGUGCUGAGUUUAGCAAUGCCCUUUCCCAGAGGAAAAAACAGCGGAAGACACAGCAUAACAGGCCAUUUCCAUGCCAUAACGAUGAAAUGCUGGAUAUGCCUUCAGCUGAUAGGCUGAACAGAGCUCCAGCAUCUAAUCGUUCAUUUGUCUGGAGAAGAUCCACCAAGUCUUCUGGGGGAAAGCAGAGUGGAAUUCAGACAGGCCUGGGUCCAUUUCUAUGUGAGGAUGGAAAUAAACGGGAUGUAUCUAGCAAACAACCUGCCAGAUACAACACUUGUAAAAAGUCAUUUGUUCAUCAAGGUUGUCCAAAAUUGAUAGUCUCCUGUGACAAAGGAUUAAAUAUGUCCACAGUAUUUGCUGGAGUACCUGACUGCAAUGAGGACAAUGAUAAAGAAAUGAGAACCCCUUUGUUGAAUUUACCUGAUGAAAACUUUAAAGAGAAGAGCAUCACUUUGUCAUCUAAGGACACACAUACUCAGUUGGCUAUACCCUAUCCUGAUGCCAAGGUGCUCCUGCAAGAUGAACAACAGCAAAGCUUUCAAGGCUGCUUUGAAUACAGUGAAGAUGUCACAUGUGAUUCAUCAUUGAUUCUUGAAGGUUCUAAAACUAUGGAGACGUUGGCUGAGCAGAGUUUUGGAGUUAGGAAAACUUUAUUGAGUGAUGAAACUCAGAGUCAUGUGGCUGCUGAUUAUUUGGGCACUGGAGCAUCCUUCCAACAGAAAGAAACACAAAGCAUUAGGAGCUGCCAUAGAGUGGUUAAUGAAAUCCCUGAAGUAAUGUCUCCCAAGUCCGAUGCAGACUGUGGAAAUCAGGUUACGAGAUUGUGCUCUGGUUAUAGGGAAGAGACUUGCAUUGAAAUGGCAAACAACAUUGAGGAAGGAGAUGUAGCAAAGAUAUAUGUUGAAGGACAUACAGUUGAUGAUGAAGAGGAAGAGGAUGAUGAGGACAGCAACUAUGAAGAUGAGAUUGAAGGUGAGCAAGAAGAACAUGAUGACAGUGAGUUUGAAGGUGGAUAUGAGGAACUGACAGAUCUAGGUGAAGAUGUCUUGGUUUCUCAUAAUAAGCAAGAAAGUAGGGAAGAUGUAGAGAAACAAAUCAAAUUUGUAAGGGAGUGGUACAGCCCUAACAAGAUGGACAAGGGGAAGCAGAAGUUCAAGGAAUUCAAGAAGAGCAUGAAGAGUGGACAAGUAGCAAAUCUGGAUGAUGUCAUCUUGGAUAGGCCAAAUUCUGUGCCAACCAAGUUUGAGCUUGAUGAUGAUGCAAAUGACACCCCAUAUGCUAACAACAGUGCAGAGGAUGAGUCAAAGGAGGAAGCAAGUGAGGGACACUUAAAGACCAAGCAUAGCUAUUACCCAAGGUUCAACAAGAGUGUACCUAGUCCUAGGUUUGUGAUUGGUAUGAAGUUCACUGGGAAAAAACAGUUCAAGAAAGCAGUUAUCAGGAGGGACAACAAGUUAGUAACUGCUAGUAGGAUUGUAGAGAAGUAUGAGAAGUUCAUAAAGGCCAACCCAACAUGGAGUUUGGAAAGAAUGAGAACCACAAUUCAAGAGGAGAUGUUUGCUAUGAUGUUGGAGUGGGAGAUGGGAAGGGGUGGGUUAUCAUAUCUGAUCAACAGAAGGGUAUCCUCAAUACAGUACAGAAAUGGGCUCCCAGUGCUGAACACAGAAACUGUGCCAGACAUAUAUAUGCCAACUGGAGAAGGAAAUUCAAGAACAAGGAGUGGCAAAAGAAAUUCUGGCAUUGUGCAAAGGCACCCUGUCCAUCAUUUUCAAUCUUGCAAGGGCCAGACUAGCAAGGGGUAUGCCAUGCUAUUAGCAAUGGAGCUGAUAGAUUUGAAGUCAAUCAGUGGGACAACAGGUUCACAGUUGACCUACAGGCUAGAGAGUGCUCUUGUAGAUGAUUACAUUGCAUCUUGUUAUCAUAUUAAUGAGUUCAACAAGACUUACUCUCACUGCCUAAACCCAUUGGAGGGUAUGCAGAGUUGGCCAGAGUCUCAUCUCCCACCCUUGAAGGCACCUGCAUAUGUGAGAAUGCCAGGCAGACCUAAGAAAGAAAGGAAGAGGGAGCCACAAGAACAACCAAAGGCAAGUUCUUCUGUCAACUUGAGUUUUAAUGGUGGAAAAGCAUGUGUUACAGUCACUGUUGAGGAACCUCCAAGGAAGAAGCAAGUAGUGAAGAAGCACACACAUCCAAGCCAACUGUUGCUUCUCAAAGACCAUGCUGAUCCCUAA